AUGAGCAACAUUGAGGGAAAACACCUUUCACCUGAUAUGCAAGAUGCGGCGAGCCGUUCUCGUCGUGUGAUGUUUUCGGAUCAACUGGGAACUACCGAAGCCAACAAUAAUAAUAACAACAACAACAACAACCUUUCUCCAAGAGAAAAGACUGUGGCUGACGAGAGACAUCCACCGCCCAAGAAGGAGGUGAUGAUGAACACUACAAACAAUCAGCAGCAACAUCAGAAGAACAACAAGAAGAACGUAAACAACCAGAAUCAAAAUAACCAUAAUAACCAUAACAACCGCAAUGCUGGGUCACCCCCAGCAGCUCCAGCAGCUCCAACAGCUCCAGCAGCGAUAGGAGAGGCGAUGGCCCACGUCCCUGCCCCCACUUCUUUCCCUCCUCCCGCAGCCCCGGAGAAGAGGCCGGAGGGUCUCGAGGAAAGACCGGAGGAUCGCGGGGGUCGCCGUCAACGUGUGCGCCGGCCGAUGGCCCCGCAGAUCGUCCCGCAGGACUUGUUGGAGAUGGACCCGGUCGAGGAGGCGCGGAAAUCCCUGCAGGAGGCCGCCGGGCUCCUCGAGGCUCAAGAGAGAGCGGAUCGCGUACGGGUGGAGGUCCAGCACGAGAAGGCACAUAGUGGUAUGUACGGCGAGAUGCGGGCAACGUGUAUGAGCCAGAAGGCGAAGGCUAAAAGUCCACAAAAGCAACAAUCCAAUGAAGAAAAUGACAAAAAUAAGAAUAAUGAGGCUGACCACAGUGAUGUGAAUGUGAAAGCUGACCCUAACGUCCAGCAUUUACAAGGGAAAUCGGAAACCGCACAGAUCAGAUUGACGGUAAAUGAUGUUCGUACAUCACCGGCAAAAUCGGUACCACCACCCUCAGAAGCAGCAACAAAAGAAGAAAAAGAAGGAGAACCAAAGGUACCAUCAGCAAACGUUAUCAUACAGUGGAUGUUGAGACUUCUGCAGAGUUUUCCUGGAGACGGGAUCGUAUGGAAGGUGCUGCUGCUUUUUGCAGCUCUGCUGUGCUCUCGCCGACUGCUGCUUCUCCUUCAGCGGUAA